CCAAGGUCCCAACGACCACGCGGAGGCGCUCCAAGCUGCGGCGCGGCGGCCAGAGCAUAGCGCGGGGUGGCCACAGCAAAGUGCGCGGACUCCCUCAGCCUUUCGGAGCCUCUCGGACGGGCGUUGAGUGAGGAGCUCGUGAGGAAACUGAGGCUCCGAAAGAGCUGCCCUUCCACCUCAGGCAGGUGGACUGGCGCGUGAGAAUGGGCUUUCUCAGGAUCAUAGGGCUUCCGCUGCCUAAAUACCAUGAACCAAGUCUUUUGGAGGCAUCUCUGGAGCUCAAGACAGACAAGUGACAGUGACGUCUAAUUAGGAUGGACAACGUGAGUGACAUGGAUUGCUCAUCUCGGAAGAUCCCCAAAAGUGACUCAAUACAUCACAUGAGCCACUCCCAGACGAGGCCAGAAUUGCCUCCUCUGCCUGCUUCUGCCAACGAGGAGCCAUCUGAACUCUAUCAGACAGUCAUGUCGCACAGCUUUUAUCCCCCCUUGAUGCAACGCACAUCAUGGACCUUGGCUGCGCCCUUCAAAGGGCAGCACCACCACUGUGGACCCAGUGACUCUAUUGCCAACAACUACUCCUUGAUGGCCCGAGACCUGAAGCUGAAGGACCUGCAGAAGGUCUACCAGCCAGUCACCAUCAGUGUCCCCAGAAAAAAGAUCGCUCAGAGACCGCCAUCAGCAAAUAAAAGCUCACUAAAGCCCAACAAGAAGAAAAUGAAGCUCUCCCCCAAAGAUAAAGACGAUCUCACUGGGACCAGGUCGGCGUGCAAUACCUCAACCUCCUCACCUAUGAAGAAAGAGGUGGUGACGUCUUCAGCCCUCCCAGGAAGCAGACCAAUGAGUCCAGAAGAACAGAUGGAUGUGAUGCUACAGCAGGAGAUGGAAAUAGAAAGUAAAGAAACCAAACCAUCUGAAUCAGACUUGGAGAGAUACUAUUACUAUUUGACCAAUGGAAUCCAAAAAGACAUGAUUGCCCCUGAGGAGAAUGAAGUGAUGGUUCGGAUUUCAAAGCUGAUUUCUAACACACUGCUGACAAAUCCACUCCUGGAACCCCUCAUGCUCGUCCUUGUGAAGGAGAAGGAGAAGGACUAUUACAGCAGCCUCAUGAAAAGCAUUGUUGAUUACAUCCUUAUGGACCCAGUGGAGAGGAAAAGACUCUUUAUUGAGAGCAUCCCCCGCCUGUUUCCUCAAAGAGUGAUCCGGGCCCCUGUGCCCUGGCACAGUGUCUACAGGAAUGCCAAAAAGUGGAAUGAGGAGCAUCUGCAUACAGUGAACCCUAUGAUACUCAGCCUGAAAGAGCUGUGGUUUGCAGAGUUUAGAGACCUCAGGUUUGUUCGAACAGCAGAAUUAAUGGCAGGAAAAUUGCCCCUGCAGCCUCACGAAUAUCAAGAUGUCAUCCGGAAACACUGCAUGGAAGCACGCCAGACUCUUCUCAACAAAUGGAUCCCCACCUGUGCCCAGCUUUUUGUCUCACGGAAGGAGCACUGGGUCCAUUUCGCUCCCAAGAGUGACUAUGACUCCUCUCGUAACAUAGAGGAAUAUUUUGCUUCUGUCGCAUCCUUCAUGUCACUCCAGCUCAGGGAGUUGGUCAUUAAGUCUCUUGAGGACCUUGUGUCCUUUUUCAUGAUACACAAGGAUGGGAAUGAUUUCAAGGAGCCCUACCAAGAGAUGGAGUUCUUUAUACCUCAGAUAAUCAUGAUCAAACUUGAAGUCAGUGAGCCCAUUAUUGUCUUUAAUCCAUCUUUUGAUGACUGCUGGGAGCUAAUACACAACUCAUUCUUGGAAAUUAUUCAGAACGCUAAGGGGAUUCCCAAGGUGGAAUCUAUCCUGUUCCCAGAGUUGAGAGGAUAUCAUCUGAUUCUUGGAAGCGUUAACAGUGAUGAAAAACUGGUGUCUGACCUUGUGGAUCAAACUUUCAAGGUAUUUCAGAAAAAUCAAGUUGGCCCCUGCAAAUACUUAAAUGUUUACAAAAAGUAUGAUGACUUAUUGGAUAACACAGCAGAGCAAAACAUCACUGCAUUCCUGAAGGAACAUCAUGAAAUUGAGGAUUUUGUGAUGAGGAUCAAUAGCAUAAAAAAGCGGAGACAUGAAAUUGCAUCCAUGCACAUUACCGUGCCUUUGGCCAUGUUCUGCCUUGACACCGUGACCCUAAAUUACGAUCUCUGUGAGCGAGCCCAAAAUCUUAAGGACCGUCUAAUUCAGUUCCAAGUGGAUGUAAACCGGGACACCAAUACCAGCAUUUGUAAUCAGUACAGCAUCAUUGCAGACAAAGUCAGUGAGAUUCCCGCCAACACUGGGGAGCUAGUAUACCUCAUUGAGUUCUUAAAGAAAUCCAGCGAUGUCACUGUGUUCAAACUCAGGAGGCAACUUAGAGAUGCAGUUGAACGGCUGGAGUUCCUGAUGGACUAUGCAGUCUUGCCCCAAGAGGAUAUCAAACUGAACAGCACUCUGUUCCUCUGGCCAGACCAGAUUGAAGAUAUCUUUGAAAACAGCCGAAACCUUCUCCUUAACAAGAGGGAUCAGGCGGAGAUGGACCUUAUUAAAAGGUGCUCCGAAUUCGAGGCAAAGCUUGAGGGCUACAACAAGGAACUGGAAGGCUUUAGGAAACGUGAAGUGAUGACUGCAGAAGAAAUGAAGAACAAUGUUGAAAAGCUAAACGAGCUUUCAAAGAAUCUAGAUCAAGCGCUGGUGGAAUUUGAGUUGAUCAAUAAGGAGGAAGAGCUGUUGGAAAAGGACAAGAGUACCUUCCCUCUUCUGCAAACCUUGAUAACCAACAAAAUGCCUUAUGAGCAGCUGUGGGUGACGACCUACGAGUUUAGCAUCAAAUCAGAGGAAUGGAUGAAUGGGCCUCUCUUUUUACUGAAUGCUGAGGAAAUUGCAGAGGAAGUAGGGAAUAUGUGGAGGACGAUGUAUAAAUUGACCAAGACCCUAGCCGAUGUACCUGCACCCAGGCGCUUAGCAGAGAAUGUGAAAAUCAAGAUUGAUAAAUUCAAGCAGCACAUCCCUAUCCUCAGCAUUUCCUGCAACCCAGGAAUGAAAGACCGGCAUUGGCAGCAGAUCAGUGAGAUUGUCGGCUAUGAAAUAAAGCCCACUGAAACGACUUCCCUCUCAAACAUGUUGGAAUUUGGAUUUGGCAAAUUCAUUGAAAAACUGGAGCCCAUUGGUGCAGCUGCCAGUAAGGAAUACUCUUUGGAGAAAAACUUGGAGAAAAUGAAGUUAGACUGGGCUAACAUGACCUUCAACUUUGUGAAGUACAGGGACACUGAUACAAGCAUCUUGUGUGCAGUUGAUGACAUUCAACUGCUACUGGAUGACCACGUGAUAAAGACCCAGACCAUGUGUGGCUCUCCAUUCAUCAAACCAAUAGAAGCAGAAUGCCGGAAGUGGGAAGAAAAGUUGGUUCGUGUGCAGGAAAUUUUGGAUGCCUGGUUAAAAUGCCAAGCCACCUGGUUGUACCUGGAACCAAUCUUCAGUUCAGAGGACAUCAUAGCCCAAAUGCCAGAAGAGGGCAGGAAGUUUGCCAUCGUUGAUAGUUACUGGAAAUCACUCAUGUCCCAAGCCGUGAAGGAUACCAGGGUUCUGAUGGCAGCAGACCAACCACGGAUGGCUGAGAGGCUUCAAGAAGCCAACCUUCUGUUGGAGGACAUCCAGAAGGGGCUGAAUGAUUACUUAGAGAAGAAGAGACUGUUUUUCCCCAGGUUCUUCUUCCUGUCCAAUGAUGAGCUGCUAGAGAUCUUGUCGGAGACGAAGGACCCCCUCCGAGUGCAGCCACACUUGAAGAAGUGCUUUGAAGGAAUCGCCAAGCUGGAGUUUACAUACAAUCUGGAGAUUGUGGGCAUGAUCAGCUCAGAAAAAGAAGUCGUUCCAUUCAAACAGAAAAUCUACCCAGCUCAAGCCAAAGGCAUGGUGGAAAAGUGGCUCCAGCAGGUGGAACAAAUGAUGCUGGCCAGUAUGAGGGAAGUAAUUAGACUUGGGAUUGAAGCAUAUGCACAGGUCCCUCGUAAUCAGUGGGUCUUGCAGUGGCCCGGCCAGGUGGUUAUCUGUGUCUCAUCCAUCUUUUGGACCCAGGAGGUUUCCCAAGCCCUGGUUGAAAAGACCUUACCGGGUUUUCUGAAAAAGAGCAAUGAUCAGAUUGCACAGAUUGUCCAGCUGGUGCGAGGGAAGCUGAGCAGUGGGGCUCGACUCACCCUCGGGGCCCUCACGGUCAUUGAUGUCCACGCUCGUGAUGUGGUAGCCAAGUUGUCGGAGGACAAUGUCUGUGACCUGAAUGAUUUCCAGUGGAUCUCCCAGCUGCGCUACUACUGGGAGGCCAAGGAUGUAUGGGUGCAGAUGAUCACCACCGAAGCCUUAUACGGCUAUGAGUACCUGGGAAACUCCCCCAGGCUGGUGAUUACGCCUCUCACUGACCGCUGCUACAGGACACUGAUGGGGGCUUUGAAGCUGAACCUUGGGGGAGCGCCAGAGGGUCCAGCUGGGACAGGCAAGACAGAAACCACCAAAGACCUGGCCAAAGCUUUGGCCAAGCAGUGUGUGGUCUUCAACUGCUCCGAUGGUCUGGAUUACAAAGCCAUGGGGAAGUUCUUCAAAGGGCUGGCCCAGGCUGGAGCAUGGGCCUGCUUUGAUGAGUUCAACAGGAUCGAGGUAGAAGUGCUGUCUGUGGUAGCUCAGCAGAUUCUCAGCAUUCAGCAGGCCAUUAUCCGGAAGCUAAAGAUGUUCAUCUUUGAAGGCACUGAGCUUUCUCUGAACCCAACCUGUGCUGUCUUCAUCACCAUGAACCCUGGGUAUGCUGGCAGAGCUGAGCUGCCAGAUAACCUCAAGGCCUUGUUUCGGACAGUGGCCAUGAUGGUGCCAGACUAUGCCCUCAUUGGAGAAAUCUCCCUCUACUCUAUGGGGUUUCUGGACUCAAGAAGUCUUGCCCAGAAGAUUGUUGCAACCUACCGCCUGUGUUCAGAGCAGCUCUCCUCCCAGCAUCACUAUGACUAUGGGAUGCGUGCUGUCAAGUCUGUGCUGACUGCUGCUGGCAACCUGAAGCUCAAGUAUCCGGAGGAGAAUGAGAGUGUCCUGCUGCUCCGGGCCUUGCUUGAUGUCAACCUGGCCAAGUUCUUGGCUCAAGAUGUCCCCCUAUUUCAGGGAAUUAUAUCAGAUUUGUUUCCUGGAGUUGUUCUUCCAAAGCCAGAUUAUGAAGUUUUUAUGGAAGUGCUGAAUGAGAACAUCAAAAAGAUGAAACUCCAGCCAGUGCCCUGGUUUAUAGGAAAAAUUAUCCAGAUCUACGAGAUGAUGCUGGUUAGACAUGGCUAUAUGAUUGUCGGAGACCCCAUGGGUGGCAAGACUUGUGCUUAUAAAGUGUUGGCUUCAGCUCUGGAUGAUCUACACAAAGCCAAGCAGAUGGAGGAAUUUGCUGUGGAGUACCAGAUCAUUAACCCCAAGGCCAUCACCAUGGGGCAGCUGUAUGGGUGCUUCGAUCAAGUGAGCCACGAAUGGACAGAUGGUGUCCUCGCCAAUACUUUCCGGGAGCAAGCAUCUUCUUUAUCUGAUGAUCGCAAAUGGAUUAUAUUUGAUGGGCCAGUGGAUGCUGUUUGGAUUGAAAAUAUGAACACUGUUCUGGAUGACAAUAAAAAGCUGUGUUUGAUGAGUGGAGAGAUUAUCCAGAUGAGCUCCAAGAUGAGUCUGAUCUUCGAACCAGCUGACCUGGAGCAGGCCUCCCCAGCCACUGUGAGCAGGUGUGGGAUGAUCUACAUGGAGCCCCAUCAGCUAGGCUGGAAGCCUCUGAAGGAUUCAUACAUGGACACCCUGCCUUCCAGUCUCACAGAGGAACACAAGGAAUUGGUCAACGACAUGUUCAUGUGGCUUGUCCAGCCCUGUCUGGAAUUCAUUCGCCUUCAGUGUAAAUUUGUGGUCCAGACGUCUCCCAUCCAUCUUGCCUUCUCAAUGAUGAGAUUGUACUCCUCUCUGCUUGAUGAAAUCAGGGAAAUAGAAGAGCAGAAAAGUGAAUUAUCUGAAGGCCUGACAAGCCAACAGAUCUUCCUCUGGCUGCAAGGUCUAUUCCUCUUUGCUUUGGUGUGGACAGUGGCCGGCACCAUCAACACAGACAGCAGAAAGAAAUUUGAUCUCUUUUUCCGUAACCUGAUCAUGGGUAUGGAUGAUAACAACCCGAGACCCAAAAGCGUCAAACUCACCAAAAACAACAUCUUUCCAGAAAGAGGAAGCAUCUAUGAUUUUUACUUCCUCAAGCAAGGGGGUGGACAUUGGUGCACGUGGACAGAGUAUAUCACCAAAGAGGAAGAAACUAUCCCAGCACAUGCAAAGGUCUCAGAACUCAUCAUCCCAACAAUGGAGACGGCCCGGCAGACUUUCUUCUUGAAAACCUACCUGGACCAUGAGAUUCCAAUCCUGUUUGUAGGCCCCACCGGCACUGGCAAAUCAGUCAUCACCAAUAACUUCCUUCUCCACCUUCCCAAAAAUACCUAUAUGCCCAACUUCAUCAAUUUCUCUGCCAGAACCUCAGCCAAUCAGACCCAGGAUAUCAUCAUGUCCAAGUUGGAUCGACGGCGGAAGGGCCUUUUUGGGCCUCCCAUAGGAAAGAAAGCAGUGGUUUUUGUAGACGACCUCAACAUGCCAGCCAAAGAGGUGUAUGGGGCCCAGCCCCCCAUCGAGCUCCUGAGGCAGUGGAUCGACCAUGGUUACUGGUUUGACAAGAAGGACACCAACAAGCUGGACAUCAUUGAUGUGCUGCUUGUGACAGCCAUGGGCCCCCCUGGAGGCGGAAGGAAUGACAUUACCGGACGAUUCACUCGCCAUUUGAAUAUCAUUUCCAUCAAUGCCUUCGAAGAUGACAUUUUAACCAAGAUUUUCAGUUCAAUCACAGACUGGCACUUUGGGAGAGGGUUCGAUGUGAUGUUCUUGAGGUAUGGAAAGAUGCUGGUACAAGCUACCAUGACCAUUUAUAAAGCUGCAGUGGAGAACUUCUUGCCAACUCCUUCCAAGUCCCACUACGUCUUUAACCUGCGGGACUUCUCACGGGUGAUCCAAGGAGUGUUGCUCUGCCCUCACACCCACCUGCAGGAUAUCGAGAAAUUUAUCCGGCUUUGGAUCCAUGAGGUUUACCGGGUCUUCUAUGACCGUCUGAUUGAUCAUGAGGACAGACAGGUCUUUUUCAACAUGGUGAAGGAAACCACCUCCAAUUGCUUCAAGCAGUCUAUGGAAAAGGUGCUCAUCCACCUAUCACCCACGGGAAAGAUAGUCGAUGAUAAUAUCCGUAGCCUCUUCUUUGGAGAUUUCUUCAAGCCAGAAAGUGACCAAAAAAUCUACGAUGAGAUCACUGACUUAAAGCAGCUCACGGCGGUCAUGGAGUACUACCUGGAAGAGUUCAACAACAUCAGCAAGGCCCCCAUGUCCUUGGUCAUGUUCAAGUUUGCCAUUGAGCACAUCUCCAGGAUCUGCAGGGUCUUGAAACAGGAUAAAGGCCACUUGCUCCUGGUGGGCAUUGGGGGCAGCGGGCGGCAGAGUGCCACCAAACUGUCCACCUUCAUGAAUGCAUACGAGCUCUACCAGAUUGAGAUCACUAAGAGCUACUCGGGCAACGACUGGCGGGAGGACCUGAAGAAGAUCAUGCUGCAGGUUGGGGUGGCCACCAAGAGUACCGUGUUCCUCUUCUCUGAUAACCAGAUCAAGGACGAGUCCUUUGUGGAGGACAUCAACAUGCUUCUGAACACAGGCGACGUGCCCAACAUCUUCCCUGCCGACGAGAAGGCUGACCUUGUGGAGAAGAUGCAGACGGCAGCCAGGGCAGAAGGCGAGAAGAUCGAAGUUACCCCUCUUUCUAUGUAUAACUUCUUUAUUGAGAGAGUGAAAAAGAACCUUCACAUUGUCCUUGCCAUGAGCCCAAUUGGGGACACCUUCCGGAACCGUCUGCGGAUGUUCCCAUCAUUGAUCAAUUGCUGCACAAUUGACUGGUUCCAGUCUUGGCCCACAGAUGCCCUGGAGUUGGUGGCGAACAAAUUUCUAGAAGAUGUGGAGCUCGAUGACAAUAUUCGUAUAGAGGUCAUCUCUAUGUGUCAGUAUUUUCAGGAGAGCGUGAAGAAUCUGUCGAUGGAUUAUUACCACACACUUCGCAGACAUAACUAUGUUACCCCCACCUCCUACCUGGAAUUGAUCCUAACCUUCAAGACGCUCCUGAAUAAGAAGAGGCAAGAGGUUGAUAUGACGAGGAGCCGCUAUCUGACGGGCCUGCAGAAACUUGAGUUUGCAGCUUCACAGGUGGCAGUCAUGCAAGUAGAACUGACUGCCCUCCAACCCCAACUUAUCCAGACCUCCGAGGAGACUGAUAAGAUGAUGGUGAAAAUUGAGGAGGAGACGAGAAAAGCCGAUGCCAAGAAAUUUCUGGUGCAGGCAGAUGAAAAAGAAGCCAAUGCUGCUGCCGCCAUUGCUCAAGGAAUCAAGGAUGAAUGUGAAGGGGACCUGGCAGAGGCAAUGCCAGCGCUGGAGGCUGCACUUGCUGCACUGGACACCCUGAACCCAGCAGACAUCUCCCUGGUGAAAUCAAUGCAGAACCCACCAGGUCCUGUCAAGCUGGUCAUGGAGAGCAUCUGUGUGAUGAAAGGGCUGAGACCAGAGAGGAAGCCAGACCCCAGCGGCAGCGGUAAAAUGAUAGAAGACUACUGGGGGUUGUCCAAAAAGGUUCUUGGAGAUCUAAAAUUCUUGGAGAGUCUUAAGACAUAUGACAAAGACAACAUCCCCCCAGUGAUCAUGAAGCGAAUCCGGGAAAGGUUUAUUGAUCAUCCAGAUUUCCAGCCAGCUGUCAUUAAAAACGUGUCAUCUGCCUGCGAGGGUCUGUGCAAGUGGGUGAGGGCCAUGGAGGUGUAUGAUCGAGUGGCCAAAGUGGUGGCUCCCAAACGGGAGCGGCUGAAGGAGGCGGAGGGGAAGCUGGACAUACAGAUGCAGAAACUGAACCAGAAGCGAGCAGAGCUAAAGCUGGUGGAGGACCGCCUCCAGGCCCUGAAUGAUGACUUUGAGGAGAUGAAUACCAAGAAAAAGACGCUGGAGGAAAACAUCGAAAUCUGCUCCCAAAAGUUGGUCAGAGCAGAAAAACUGAUCAGUGGUCUUGGAGGAGAGAAGGACAGAUGGACAGAAGCUGCUCGGCAGCUAGGGAUCCGCUAUACUAAUCUUACAGGGGAUGUGUUGGUGUCCUCGGGGACCGUGGCUUACCUGGGGGCCUUUACCGUGGAUUAUCGGGCUGAGUGCCAGAAGCAGUGGUUGGCUCAGUGUAAGGACAAGGUCCUCCCCGGCUCCAGUGACUUCAGUCUGAGCAACACUUUAGGCGAUCCUGUAAAAAUCCGCGCCUGGCAGAUUGCCGGGCUGCCCGUCGACUCCUUCUCCAUUGACAAUGGCAUCAUUGUAUCCAACUCCAGACGCUGGGCCUUAAUGAUUGACCCUCAGGGACAAGCCAAUAAGUGGAUCAAGAAUAUGGAGAAGGCAAACAAGCUGUCCGUCAUCAAGUUCUCGGAUGCCAACUAUGUGAGGACACUGGAACAUGCCCUGCAGUUUGGCACCCCCGUCUUACUAGAAAACGUUGGGGAAGAGCUGGACGCAUUCAUUGAACCCAUCUUGCUCAAGUCCACAUUCAGACAGCAAGGGGUGGAGUACAUGAGGCUCGGUGAAAACAUCAUCGAAUACUCCAGGGAUUUUAAGUUAUACAUCACAACCCGUUUGAGGAACCCACAUUACCUCCCUGAGGUCGCCGUGAAAGUCUGUCUCCUCAACUUCAUGAUCACCCCCUUGGGCCUCCAAGAUCAACUCCUUGGCAUUGUGGCCGCCAAGGAGAAGCCAGAACUGGAAGAGAAGAAGAACAAGUUGAUUGUGGAAAGUGCCAAGAACAAGAAGCAGCUUAAGGAAAUUGAAGAUAAGAUCUUGGAGGUCCUUUCGCUGUCUGAAGGCAACAUCCUUGAGGACGAGACUGCCAUCAAAAUUUUGUCCUCCUCCAAACUGCUGUCUGAAGAAAUCUCGGAGAAACAGGAAAUUGCUUCUGUGACAGAAACACAGAUCGAUGAGACUCGGAUGGGCUACAAGCCAGUGGCUGUCCACUCUGCCAUCAUCUUCUUCUGCAUCUCUGACCUGGCCCACAUCGAGCCCAUGUACCAGUACUCCCUGACAUGGUUCAUAAACCUCUACGUGCACUCCCUGGCCCAUAGCAGGAAGAGCGAGCAGCUAGAGCUACGGAUUGAGUACAUCAUUGAACAUUUCACCCUCAGCAUCUACAACAACGUCUGCCGCUCUCUGUUUGAGAAGGACAAGCUGCUCUUCUCCUUCCUCUUGACCAUAGGCAUCCUGAAAGAGAAAAAGCAAAUCAAUGAGGACAUUUGGUAUUUUCUUCUAACGGGAGGUGUUGCCCUGGAAAACCCCUAUCCCAACCCCGUUCCCGAAUGGCUGUCUGAGAAGGCCUGGGCCGAAGUGGUUCGUGCAUCUGAGUUGCCGCAGCUGAAAGGCCUCAUGGAACAUUUGGAACAAAACGCUCAUGAAUGGAAGUUCAUCUAUGACUCAGCCUGGCCCCAUGAGGAGAAAUUCCCUGGAUCUUGGAAGCUGCUUCAAGGCUUGGAGAGGAUGGUGAUCCUCCGAUGUCUGCGGCCUGACAAAAUGAUUCCAGCCAUUCGCAGGUUCAUUGCUGAAAACAUGGGGAAUGUCUACAUCGAAGCCCCUACGUUUGAUCUCCAGGGGUCCUACAGUGAUUCUAGUUGCUGUGCACCGUUAAUAUUCGUGUUGUCUCCAGGCGCAGACCCCAUGGCAGGCCUGCUCAAAUUUGCUGAUGAUCUUGGCAUGGGAGGUGCCAAAACACAAACCAUCUCCCUGGGCCAAGGCCAAGGCCCUAUUGCUGCCAAAAUGAUCCACAGUGCCAUCAAAGAUGGGACCUGGGUGGUCUUGCAGAACUGUCAUUUGGCCACGAGCUGGAUGCCUGCGCUAGAGAAGAUCUGUGAGGAGGUGAUCGUUCCUGAGAGCACCAACGUGGGAUUCAGACUCUGGUUAACCAGCUAUCCAUCAGAAAAGUUUCCAGUCAGCAUCCUCCAGAAUGGGAUUAAAAUGACUAACGAGCCCCCCAAAGGGCUCCGGGCCAACCUUCUGCGCUCUUACCUCAAUGACCCCAUCUCCGACCCUGUGUUCUUCCAAAGCUGUACAAAAGCAGUGAUGUGGCAAAAGCUAUUGUUUGGGCUUUGCUUCUUCCAUGCCAUCGUUCAAGAGAGGAGGAAUUUUGGACCCUUAGGUUGGAAUAUUCCUUAUGAAUUCAACGAAUCAGACCUGAGGAUUAGUAUGCGGCAGAUCCAAAUGUUUCUGAAUGACUACAAGGAGGUCCCAUUUGAUGCUCUGACCUACCUGACAGGGGAAUGUAAUUACGGAGGCAGAGUGACCGAUGACAAAGACAGGAGGCUCCUUCUAUCGCUUCUGUCCACGUUCUACUGUAAGGAAAUUGAUCAGGACCAUUACCGUCUUGCUCCUGGAGACACUUACUACAUCCCUCCUCAUGGCUCCUACCAGUCUUAUAUCGAUUAUCUCAGGAACCUCCCUAUCACAGCCCACCCAGAAGUGUUUGGCCUCCACGAGAAUGCUGACAUCACCAAAGACAACCAGGAAACCAACCAGCUGUUUCAAGGGGUCCUGCUGACCCUCCCUAGGCAAUCAGGAGGGAGUGGCAAGUCCCCUCAGGAAGUGGUUGAGGAGCUGGCCCAGGACAUACUCUCCAAGCUUCCCAGUGACUUUGACCUGGAAUUGGUCAUGAAGUUGUACCCUGUGGUCUAUGAAGAAUCUAUGAACACGGUCCUAAGGCAAGAGCUCAUCAGAUUCAACAGACUGACCAAAGUAGUUCGUGGAAGCCUCAUCAAUCUUGGCCGUGCUAUUAAAGGGCAGGUCCUGAUGUCCUCAGAGCUGGAGGAUGUCUUCACUAGCGUGCUUGUGGGUAAAGUGCCAGCUAUGUGGAUGGCCAAGUCCUACCCAUCCCUGAAGCCCCUGGGAGGUUAUGUGACUGACCUGCUGGCCCGCCUGGCCUUCUUCCAGGAAUGGAUUGACCACGGGCCCCCUGUGGUCUUUUGGAUCUCCGGAUUCUACUUCACACAGUCUUUUUUGACAGGUGUCUCUCAGAAUUAUGCUCGGAAAUACACCAUCCCCAUUGACCACAUCGGAUUUGAAUUUGAGGUAACCUCACAUGAAAUGUCCAUGGAGAAUAACCCAGAAGAUGGUGCCUACAUAAAAGGACUCUUCCUAGAAGGUGCCCGUUGGGACAGGAAAACGAUGCAGCUGGGGGAGUCUCUCCCCAAAAUCCUCUAUGAUCCACUGCCCAUCAUUUGGCUGAAACCUGGGAAAAGUGCAAUGUUCCUGCAUCAGAACAUCUAUGUGUGUCCAGUCUACAAAACAAGUGCCCGGAGAGGCACCCUCUCCACCACAGGCCACUCUACCAACUAUGUCCUAUCCAUUGAACUCCCAACAGACAGGUCCCAGAAGCACUGGAUAAACCGAGGAGUGGCCUCUCUUUGCCAGCUAGAUAACUGAUGGCAUCUGCCCCAACACAGAAAAUAAAAGGAAUUUCAUUCUUGACGACAA